AUGAUGGCCACGGCCGAAGAGACGCUCUACCCGCCGAGCUCACUCGAAGAGGGGCAGACCAUCGCUCGAGUUAUCAAAGCAACGGGUAACAACAUAUAUUCCGUCGAGCUGCCGUCCAAGGAAUCGAUAUUGGUGGAGCUUCCCGCCCGUUUCCGCUCUACCAUAUGGAUGAAGAGAGGCUCCUUUGUGGUCGUCGACGGCACUGCGCUGGAGGAUCGUGACAACAAACUAUCCGGUGAAAUCGUGAAUAUAGUCAGAGACGACAAGGCGUGGAGAAAAGCAGCUUUCUGGCCAAAGGAGUUUGUCAAGGUCGUGGUGGAGGAGAGCGAUGACGAGGAGUCAACCGUCGGGAAGCUUCCUCCCUCAGACGAUGAAGAUGUGUGA